UGCAAACAAAAUAUAAAAACAAAAGCCUAAACCCCUGCGCGCGCAUGUCAGCGGACAUGAAUUGCGGGCCCACAAUCGGCCCAUACAAAAUGGCGGCUAACAACAACAGUCAUGAAGAAUUGCCUGAUGGCUCUGAAAGGGAAUUAAUCGAGCACUAUUUUCAUAAAGGAUUUCGGUACAAGGAUAUCAUUCUUUUUCUGAAUAAGCAUCACGAUAUAAACAUCAAUAUAAGAACACUUAAACGACGAUUGAGUGAUUAUGGUCUAAAACGUGACGGCCAAGAGUUUGACGAGCAGUGUGUCAAGGAAAUAAUACGACGUGAAAUAGCAAAUGGACCUGAUAGACUCAAUGGCUAUCGUACUAUGUGGCAUAUACUGCGAGUCAGGUAUCACAUUCAUGUUCCACGAAGAGUAGUUGCCUCAUUAUUACGUGAUAUUGACCCACGUGGCGUCGAAGAGAGGAAACGACGUGUUUUUCAUCGCCGCACUUACGUUUCACCUGGACCGAACUUUUGCUGGCACCUGGACGGAUACGAUAAAUUGAAACCGUUCGGAUUUUCAAUUCAUGGAGGGAUUGAUGGCUUUAGCCGAAAGAUUUUAUGGCUUGAGCUACAACGGUCAAAUAAAAAUCCUAAAGUCAUUGCAAAGUACUUUUUACAGUACAUCGAAGCUGCCAAAGGUUGCCCCACACGUGUUUUCACCGAUCUUGGAACUGAAAACGGWCUUGUUGCUGGCAUGCAGUGCUAUUUACGUGCCGAUGGAAUUGAUGAAUACUCGGGAGGCAACGCUCACAAAUACGUCCCAAGUACAAGCAAUCAAAGAAUUGAAUGCUUCUGGUCUUCUUACAGGAAGCAACGUUCAAGCUGGUGGAUCGAUUUUUUCAAURAUUUGCAUGAAUCCGACAUACUUGAUCUUACAAGCGAGAUUCACAGAGAAGCUUUGUGGUUUUGUUUUGCUGAUCUGCUUCAAAGUGACUUAGACAAAGUGAAAGAGUAUUGGAAUUCUYAUCGAAUCAGAAAGUCCAAACAUGCCACAUUUGCUGGUGUCCCUGACAUUAUGUACUUCUUGCCGGAAGAGUAUGGCAAAGCUGAUUGUUUGCAGGAGGUAUCCCCACAAAAGAUCUCAGAAAUGAAAGACAGAGUGAACUCAGCUUCAGUGGAAGACAACGACAUUGUUUGGGAAGACUAUUUUACUUAUGUGAUGGACAAUAAUGCCCUAUCACAACCAGCGACUGUCCGAGAAGCAGGCACUCUGUUCCAGUCUCUAGUUUCCUAUGCCAAAUGAAAAUAAGAUAAUGAAAACUAGAAAAGUCACUAGUAAACAUGUCAUUGAUACAUAGGUAGGAUCGUCUUAUAGUUACCCAUGCAUCUUCAAACAUUUGCAGAUGACAUAAAUAGCUAAAAWAACAUAAGCAGUAAUUGGUCUUCAAUUAACCUUGUUUAAAAAUUCUACUCAAAGUGACUUAUAAGAUAAAUCUAAACCUUGUUAAUUUGUUUUCAAAGCAUCCUCACAAAAUGUAACUCAGCUCAUAUUGGUUCAUAAUUUGCAUAUAAAUAAUACUGUAAACAAGUUUUUUUUAAACUUUUAAAAUAUCUAUCUAAAACAGUUUAAUCUGUGUUAUUUUAGACAUGUUGGUACAWGUUGUCAUUGUUUUGGAUUCCUGUUUUCUGCUCUUGUAAAGGGACACCCUCUCCUUAAGUGACCACUUGUUCUUGACACCCAGACGGUUGCUUACUAGAGAGACACUCACCUAAUUAUGUAUGUAACUAUGGUGUUUGUUCUAUUUGCUGGGGUAGUCUCAAGAAUCAUGAUAGUUUAGCUAAUCUAUUGUUUGAUUAGUUUGCCAGUCUGUUUCCAAGGAUGGCAGUGAAUGUUUUUAUUGAAAUAAUCUUAUGUCAGUUUAGUUUGUACCAUUCACUCACACUGCAGUUUGAAAGGAUCUAUUGUUAUUGGGAAAAACCUGUAGUAGAUUCCUAGCCUCUCAUUUGAUUUCUUAGUAUUCAGCAUUGUUUUUUUUUUUUUCAUACUUCAACUAAAGCCACCUAAAAAGAAUUUCUUGCUUGAAUUGCCAAUUUUUUUCAGGGGAGUUUUUCAUAUUAAAAAAUCAUUUUUGUUCUCUUAAAAAGAUUGUGAAAAAGUAAGUCAAUCAUUUUUUAAGCACAGUAAAAACCUGCAUAUACCUGCAGGUGGAUUUUGCAAUACUGUAUAAAUUGAAAGUUGAUUAGGCCAGUCACACUGUAAAUCCACAGCUAGACAAUAUUAUUAUAUUGAAUCAAAAAAACAGUUAUAUUAGCUGUGGCUAAGUUUGUAUAUCAAGGUGGUAUAAAAACUAAAGUGAGCAAGAGCUGAAGCAAUCUUUUAAUAAAACAAUAGUUUAACGAUAACAAUAUCAAAAUGCUUGACAGCCAUUACUUUACAUCCUCCUAUAUACUUCUGCACUGAGCCUUUUCUUGCAGGGCACUUUGAACUUUGCCAUAACACAACAGAAAAAAGGAUUGUUUGCAAUUUUAAAAAGCAGAAAAUCAUAUUUUAAAUGUAUAUCUUGGUAUUGUAGUCAGACAAGUAAUCAAUAGAGGCAGUCUAGGACUGCGUGCAUAUUUGGGCAUAAUUAUAGUCUGAGUAUAAACUAAAAUUGAUCCUCAGUGAUAAGUUAAGUUUGUAUAUAAACUAGUAGUAAUGUUGGGUCAGUGCUAA